AUGUCAACGCAUAAUGUGGGACUUGUAAUGAAGUCCAUUAUCGACGAGUAUACUUCUGGAGACAAGCAGAGAAUACCUGGAAUUGUCUAUUGUGCUGUUGGAAAGGAUGGCGUGCCAAUAUUUCAACAUGCCUCUGGCAAGAAGGGCCUUUCCAGCAAUUUGCCAAUGACGUUGGAUACGACGUUCUGGCUGGUGUCGUUUACCAAGCUUAUAACAUCUAUCGCUUGCAUGCAGUGCGUGGAACGUGGCUUACUGCUUUUGGACGAUGCAGAGCACUUAGAGACACUGGCCCCUGAGCUGCGCGACGUUAAGGUACUCCAAAGAACCCCUGAAGAUGGAUUUGAAUAUGUCGAGAAGGAGGGGAGAAUCACUUUGCGCAUGUUGCUUAACCAUACCGCUGGCUUUGGGUAUGCCUUCGAGGAUUCCAAAUUAGCCGAAGUUUCUCGCCCCGUUGGGCUUGAUGAUUUCUCAUGUGACCGGCUAGACACCAUCAAUCGACCUCUGGUAAAUCAACCAGGUACAACAUUUCAAUAUGGUACUUCCAUGGACUGGGUUGGAAUCAUAAUAGAGCGCGUUAGCGGUCAUUCGCUCGAGUCAUAUUUUCAAAGCUACAUUCUUGGGCCUCUCAACAUCACGAGCAUCUCCUUCAGGCCAUCCGAUGAGGCAAAAUCCGGGCUAGCUCACAUGCACCAGCGUGAUUUGAACGACAAUGUUUACGAAAUCGACCACAUCUACAAAAAGCCUCUGAUGGCUAAAAAUGACGAGGAAAGAGAGCAGAUUUACUGUGCAGGUGGGCAUGGAUGCUUUGGGAAGCCCGCAGAUUAUGCUCGUAUCAUUGCACUGCUUUUGAACGAUGGAACUGAUGCAAAAACGGGCGCCCAGCUUCUUAAAACCAGUACUGUGGAAGCAAUGGACUCUGCGGAUAUGCCUACCGAUGCGGACGACAAACGUAAAACCCAGUUCAAUAAGCUUAUGGAAGCACUUCUUUCUGAGAAGCCCUCCAAGUUCAACAGGUUCAGCAUCUAUCGCGCAUCCUAUCCCAGUGCGAACUUUGACAUUGGAGUGGAUAUAAUCGUACCAAAGUCAAAGAAAAGUUCAAGUCCCAGGCCGGUCAUAGUCCGAAUCCAUGGAGGUUUUCUGAUAACAGGUUCAAGUUUAUUUCCUGCUUGGUUCACCAAUUGGAUAUUAGAUUACGCAGAGUUGCAUGACGCUAUCAUCAUUAGCCCCAAUUACAGACUCCUUCCCGAAGUCAAAGGGCUAGAUAUCUUGAAGGAUGUUGAGAAUUUCUGGCUGUGGUUCAAAAACGGAGGAGCUCAGAAGCAUCUUCAUUCAGUUGAACGCUUAGAUGUGCAACUCAACGUUGAUCGCCUAAUGGUGCUGGGUGAGAGUGCCGGAGGCUAUCUUGCACUGCAAUCGGCUUUAUGCAGAUUUGCAGAGCCAAGAGCACUUAUUCUGGCUUACCCCAUGCUAGACUUUGAGUCAGCCCACUACACUCAAAGAAUGGACAAGCCCAUUGUAGGCGUCCCAAACUUCCCCGACAAGCUUGUGGACGAUUUUCUUCGAAACAGCAACACAACAGAAGCCAUAACAGAAAUUGACCCACCAGCAAGGCUAGAUUUAGCAAUGGCCAUCGUGCAAAAUGGGAGAUUUGUCGAUGUUUUUGGAACCGAACCGAUAUUGUUUCCUUUGAAGAAUCUGGCAAAAGUGGGCACAUCGAUGACAUUGCCGCCCCUUUUCAUACUUCAUGGAGAGCAAGAUUCGGCUGUGCCCGUCGAAGGAUCGCGAAAGUUUGUCGAAGAGCUGAAGCUUCAAAGUCCCUCGUCAAAGGUGCACUUAAUCAUCAGACCAGGAGAUCAUGGCUUUGACAAUGAAGCUACCCUAGCUGAACUUUGGCUUGCAGAUGGUCUCCGUUCUGUGACAGAAGCAUGGCUUAACCGAUUGUCGUUCUACAAUAGUGCACUAUAG